AUGAAACUCAAGAACGUUACAGUCGAGCAGUCCUUACACUUUUUGUACCAUGACGCAAUGUGGCUGAUCUUUGUGAUGUCAAUCACACCUACAAGAACAUAUGAAAAGCAUUCUAACAAGGGAUCAGCAUUACGCACACAUAUCCAUGCAUUAAUUUUCAAUCAAGGUCUACCAAGUAUUUUCUUAACUCUCAAUCCGGCUGAUAUUCAUAGUCCCGUCGCAUUAUAUUUUGCCGAUAUUAAACCUGAUCUAGACAAUGCUCAAGCAGAACAACUUAUGGAUACAUACAGACGUGCCGAAAUCAUAGGCUUACGUCUCUAA